GCGGUGUGGCUUUUGGGGGUGGAAUUACCUCAUCUCCAAAUUUACGCACGGACUUUUUUCUUGUUUUUCCCUCUCGAUUUAACGUAAAUUAAUUAAACUCUUAAUUGUUUUAUGCUAAAGAAAGAAAGCUUUACCUAUCUAUAGCUAUAUGUUGUUUCGAAUAUUUUUUAGAAAUAAAAAUAUGCUGUUUUAAAAGUAAAGAUAUAAAUGCUUCUGUAGCAAACACUUGAAACAUGUUUUAUUCCCACCUUAUUCCCUUCACAGAAAUCCCCUCUCAUAACAUCCACCUCCAAGUUUUUUCACUCACAUCCUAGAUUGUAUGUUUUGAUUUAUCUCAUUCAGGUGUAUUGCGCACUACGGCGCAUGCGCAGCGCUGCUCUUACGCCAGGUGAAGUGUGCCGAGUGAAGCUCUGAUGGUUUCAGUGAAGCGCAGCAGUGUGUCAGUGGGAUUGUGUGAGUGGAGCUCUGCAGAUGUCUAUGCUGGAGAGGAUAGACUGGAGGGUGAGUUCACUUUAUACCUACAGCUGACUUUGGGUCGAGUUUAUCGGUGUUUGCUGCUGAUUCUGUAGGUUUUUGUUUUUAUUACUUCCACCUUUAAUCACCUGUUCGUAAUGGCGCGGAGCCGCGUGCGUUAUGGAGUAACCGGUGAUUAUUGUCAAUGAGGAAGGGAUCAAUCUUUAAUGGAGUGUGAGAGAUUUGGUUUUAGGCUAUAGGAGGAUUACAAAACCGAAAUGCUCACCUUUGAAUACCAGAGAGGUAUGUUUUCUUUUUCUCUCUCCGUCUUAAUAACCUUCAGCUAUUACAGUAUUAUGGAUUAUGUAAAAGGGAGCAAAGGAAUCGAAUAAUCGGCGUAGAUUCGAAUAAAAAAAAUCAUCUUAACAUGAUUCAAUACAGGUUUUUAACAACUGCAGAAAUGUUUGAACAGAAUAAAGAUAAAAACCGAGCUCUUUGGAGAUUAUUUAGUCAGUUUAUCUCAAUAAAGGACCAAUUGUGUUUCAUUUUGAAGCAUUUUAUAAACUGUGAUAAAUUCUCAUUAACCAUUUUUUCACACGUAACAUAACCAAUUAAUCGAUUUAGUCGACAUUUUAAGCAUUUUAAUCCUUACGCCUGGUAUCAGCUGCAGUCUUACGGAGUGAUUAAAGUGAUUUUGUGAUCAAUUUUCCCCUCGUGAACCUUUUUUUCUUUAUUAAAAAAUCACACCUUGCGUAACUGAUUAAUCGAUUAAGUCGAAAUUUCAAGCCUUUUAGUCCUUACGCUUGGUGUCCCUGCAUAGAGUGAUUAAAGUGAUAUUGUGAUCAAUCCUCCCCCAAUGAAACAUUUUUUUCCUUUAUAUAUAAAAAAAAAUCAGACUUAACCCAACCAAUUAAUCGAUUUGGUCGACAUUUUUAGCGUUUUAAUCCUUACGCCUGGUGUCUCUGCAGUCAUCUACAGAGUUAUUAAAGUGAUAUUGUGAUCAAUUUUCCCUUCAUGAACCUUUUUUUCCCUUUAUAUAAAAAAGUCACACUUAGCCCAACUAAUUAAUCGAUUUAGUGACGAUUCAAGCAUUUUAAUCCUUACGCCUGGUAUCAGAUGCAGUCUUAUAGAGUUAUUAAAGUGAUCAAUUCUCCCCUUAUUAACCCUUUUUUUCUUUAUGUACAAAAAAAUUACUCUUAGCCCAACUAAUUAAUCGAUUUGGUCGACAUUUCUUUUAAUCCUUACGCCUGGUGUCAGCUGAGUCAUUAAAGCGAUAUUGUGAUCAUCAGGAGAGUUCAGAACACCACCGUCAGGCCAAGCGUGAAUAACUUUAAUGGAGUCUCUCUUCAACGUGUAAAACGACAUUUAAUCAGUCUGCAUCACAACAAGCCAAAGACCAACACGUCCAAGAAAAAAAUGGAGAGAGAGAUAAUCCUCCACGAUUGUUCCCACACAGCCGAUCAGCUCAGCGUGGGUGGACGGACGCCACAGGCUGUUAGACAAAGGUCUGUCUAAUAAUCUCACAAAUUAUAAUCUGACAUUCAGCAGCCUGCUCUUCUAAUUAAUGAAGUAUAGCUUUAUAAUGAGCACACGGUGCACUCAUUUUUACACUGAGGAAAAAAGAUAAAUUUCAACAUAACUAAAAGCAACAAACCCGAUCAGAUUUAAAAGUGAUUUAUCGAUCCUUAUAAUUAAAACCAAAGAGAAAAACAAACAUCUUUUGUCCUCACUCUGGGGUUUUUUAGAUGCAUAUCAAAGCUUCAAAGCACUCCUGAUUUGGACGUUGCAGAGCUCCACCAAACAUGUAAAUGAAGUGAAGAAAGAGUUUUCUUUUUUUUUUGUUGGGAUCCUUUGAGCUUUAGAGGUUUGGGGAAGAAUGAUGCUGCUGGGCCCUCGGGCUUAUUGCGGUUUGAAACAAGCUCUUAACCACCACUGUGAAACACCGGCAUUAGACUGUCACGGGGUUAUUUGGAGGCCCAUUCAAGAGCAGGAUCAGAUAUUUCUCACUUAGAUUCAACUUUAAAAAAAGGCAGAAGUUAUUUUCUGUCAGUAGAUAAUGGGAAAAGGAUUAAAUGAAGUUAGAUUAGAGGUAUAAGGGGUAAGAAGAGCAGGGUAUGAGCCUAUACUCUGGCCUGCAAGACAUCAGAAAAAAUGAAUCAUUCUCACUUACGAGAAUUUCAAUUAUGAUUAAAAACCAAAACUUACUUUCUCUAAAAUAAUUAUACUAAAUAUUACCAUAUAGGUUACCUGUAAAAAUAAAUAAAUAAAACAUAAGAAACCUCAAACCUUGUAUAUAGAAUAUAAAAAAUAUGUAUAUAGGGCAUGAGUAUAUGUAUUUUUUAUAGUAUUAAAUUGCAUUUUCCCCACACAAUCCCACAUUUUUAUAACGAUUAAUCGCUUCCCUAUUGUAUGGUGUGACGAAACCAUUCAGAACAUCUCGAGCCAGGCUUGUGAUUGGUUGAGAGGCAUUCCGAUGAAAGUUAUAAGCACUCACUAACCUAGCAACCGAUCACUUUAACUUUUUAUUUCAGGUUUUGCUUCCCUUGCUUUAAAUAGAUAUUCAAGACUCUUAGCCGAUUACAAACAUCUCUGUAGUGUGUUAAAAAAAAGCUGUUUCUGAAUGACUUUCAAAAUAAGUAUUGGUUUGGUGUCUAUGGUGGCCGAGAACCGCCACUGCUGCAAACAAAAAGGAAUGCAAAAAAAAAAGAGAAAAGAAACUACAAUGGAUGUUACUGAUGCAAAAGCCCACUGCAAAUAAAAAAGAAAAAAAUACAAUGACGCAAAAAAAGUGGUGAUGCAAAAAAAAAAAAAAAAAAGAGUUACUCACUGCGAAAAUAGAAGGAUGCAAUUAAAAAUAAGCCACAACAGAAGUGAGCUGUCGGGGACCAAUAAUGAUGAUAAAUCAGUGUUUUACGAUCUAGGCACAGAAGAUGAUGGUGAAAAAGUAAGUGGAAAGGUAAUAGUUUAAUUUUGCUUUGUAAACUUUUUAACUCGUCGUUUGGUUAGGCCAUGUAGGGCCUGAGUCGAUAUGAAGUUAAACUUGAGGAUGUCUGUGUAGUGUUAGCUUCAGUUCAACUUCAUAUCAACUGAGGCGCUACAUGGCCUAACCAAAUGAUGAAUUAAAAAGUUUACAAAGCGAAAUUAAACAACAACCUUUCCACUUACAUCUUCAUUAUUGGUCCCCGACAGCUCACUUCCAUUGUGGCCUUUUAAUUUGCACCCCUUUAUUUUUCGCAGUAAGUAACUUGUUUUUUUCCAUCGCCCCAUUUUUUUUUUUUUUUUUUGUUGCUUCAACUUCCUUUGUGGCUUUUUUAUCUGCACUGCUUCUAUUUUUAUUUGCAGUGGGCUUCGGUUUCCUUCUUUUUUUGUGACUUCUUUUAUUUUGCAUUCUUUUAUCAUUUGCAGGAGUGGCAGUUCUUGGCCACCAUAGCUACCGAUACAAUUUUUUUUGAAUUAUUCUGAAAUAGGUGGGCUUGCAGCACUCCUUCAAAUUAAAAGCCCUGACUAGAAUUUACUGACAAGACUUGGUGGCAAGAUACUUGAAUCAUUGAGAAACAAAAAAGUAGAAUAUCUUAAAAUCAGAGGUUUUUUUAAAGGUCUGGCACAGUUUAGGCCUACAUACGGACAGAAUUCUGAUUGGACGUUUAUCCCGCCAAUCAGCAAUAUGUUCAUGUUCCCUUUUCCCUGACAUCAUCCGGCAGGGUUCCGCCCACUCUGCCCGUCUGUGCAGAUAAAGUAGAGUCAGUGCUGCCGUGUGCACCAAUGAGACUGAACAUCGCUCUUUUGUCCAUGAGAGGGAGUCAAGUUUCUUAUAUGCACCGUUUUCGCCCACUUCCACGGCACAACUACACAGCACGUUGGCCGGAGAGGGGGGAAAUAUCGGUUCGAGGACGAUAAUUGUCUGUCAGAGCGGCUGUGGAGACUCCUAUCUGCGGUCGGACUGUCAGUUCUGUCGGUCAGUUUUGCUCUUUUAAGCCUCCAUACAAACAUCAACUUCAGCUCUUCUCCGAACAACGAGGAGGUUCAUGAUCACCAGGAAGCUCUCCUUUCUUCUUUACCUGGAUUAACACACCAGAUAUUUUUUUUAAUUUUCCUACUUUCCGUCUAAAAUUGGAGGUAUUUUUUUCUCUUGCAAUAUGUUGUGGAAAUUAGCCGACAACGUGAAAUAUGAAGAUGACUGUGAGGUGAGUUUGUCAUAAAACGGAGAGAGAAGGAAGUUUCUUUUCAGCAGAAAGUUUACUUUUCAACUCCAGAAGUAUCUGUGUGUAGAUUUUUAUCUCAUGUGCAUGAUAAGAUAUGGAAGAUAAAGGAAGGGCAACAACAAGAGGACAAAAAAAACUAUGAGAAAUUAUGUUAAAAAGUUGAAAAACGCAGGCUGCAGUUAUAAAAUGAAUAUUACAAUAGAGCAGUAAAAACCCUAUUUUAUAAUAACAGGCUGAUAAAUGAUAGGCUGAUUCACAACAUCCGCCCAGGCGAACAAUUAAGUCAUGUAACACUAAACUGAAUCAAUAAAUUUGGUAAGUUUGUUUGUUUUGGAUUUGUUUUAUUUUGGAUCCACCAUUUUAUAAAACAAAAUAUGCAGCAACUAUUCUUCCUGGGGUCUUUAUCUUCUUUUGCAUUUUCAUUUUUAACUUAUAAAACAUAUAUAUACUUACAGCCAUAACACUCAUUCUACACUCCACUCAUGCAGAAGCUCUUAUUCAAAAAUAAACUAAUACAUAAAUAAGAUAAAGAAAGUAAAAACAUCUUUAAAAGCCAAUGCAUAUAAUGGAGUUAUACAUUGAAAAUACUGCAUCUAAUCCAGGUCAAAUUUACGUUUUUCCCGGAUUAUUAUUCUCAGGUGGGUAAGAGGCACUUCACCCACCCUGAGGGUAAAAAUGUCAACUCUACCUGCCGUCUUAUUGUCACCUUUCUCAGCUGACAUGUCUCCUUCGUCCCCUCAGGAAAGGCACGACGGCAACAGCAAUGGGAACCCCCGGCUGCCCCACCUGCCAGCGGUCAGCCAACACCUCUACAGCCCGUCUCCUUCCCUCUCACACUCGGCCAGUUCGGACUUCCAGCCCCCGUACUUCCCGCCCCCUUACCAGCCCAUCUCCUACCCGCAGUCCAGCGACCCUUACUCCCACCUCGGCGACCCUUUCAACAUCAACUCCAUACACCAGUCCCCGUCGUCGAACCAGCAGCAGCCGUGGCCCGGAAGGCAAGGCCAGGAUGGGCUCGGAGCUCACUCGAGGAGCGGGCUGGCGAGUCAGAUCCUCGGCCUGGAGGGAGGCUCGUCCGGGGUGAGGAGAGAAGGGUUCCGCCGGCCGGAGCUGCUGCCCCCGCACCACAGCAUCGAGUCGUCGGUGAUUGGAGACAACAUGGGGAUGCACGACAUGGGUCACGGGCUGGAGGAUGUUCAAGUGAGUGUGGAGAUGAGUGUUGAAUUAGUGUGUUUGCAUGCACACAAACUGAGCAGCUAUCACAUGCUAAUUAAAGGAUACCACAUGAGCAAACAAAGAGGCUUUAUUUGAUCCCAGGAGAUUAAAAAAAAACUACCCUUAAUGUCACCCAGUCAGAUGGAAUUGAUGAUACUUAUUUUUUUGGGGAAUAUCAGAUUUAGUAUGACAUUUUAUUGUGCUUUUAAUGAAUGCAUAUUAUCACUUUUGCCUGUUCAAGUUCAUGCUAACUCUUCUACAUGUGCAUGUGUUUUCUAAUCUCUGUUUCUUUCUUCUUUUUUAUCAGCAUGUAGACGACCACAGUAUUAUUAUGGCAGAUCAGACAGUCAUCAAAAAAGGUGAGUUUAUCCCAUGUUUAAAUAUAAACUUUAACAGCUUAAAAAAAGGAAAAAGAAAAAAUCAAAGCGCUCCGACAAGGAGGGAGGAAAAAGUUGCUGCCUGGGGUACAUGUGCCUUUGUACAGCCAAAUAAAGUUGCAGUAAUUACUGGCAAGGGCUGGAAAUUUACCGUAAGGACUGUAUUUUUUUUUUCACUCUCCACAUACUUGGAAUUGUCAUCACAAUUACUUCUAUAGUGGCAUGUCAGGGCACUCAGUGCAGGAAUACAACACAGGAGGAGUCUUGUAUUUGUACUUGCACUGCAUACACUGGUAAUCCUCACAGCCACGAGAUGCACUUAUCUAAGCUUGAUAUGAUCCACCGCCUAUUCUGUUGGUGAAGGUGUUUGAAUGGUUGCCCAGUGGGAAAAAAAAGCGAUCCCUUUCAUAAAACGACAGGCUUAUUGACAAGACACGAAAAUUGAGCAACCUUCAGCGUCGACUGCGAGAGAAAGAGGAAAGCUUCGGAUCAUCUUUAGGCUGGUUAAGCUUGCAAUUGCGGCGCUUUUUUCAGUCCACGUUAGCAGGAAAUUAUGAGUUGAUCUUUGACGCAGUGUUUGGCUCUGCAGAACCAGCUUUUGGCGGGGUGUGGCAUUAAGGGCUUGCAUGUGAAGGACAGUUUAGUUAUUUGUUGGGACAUGAACUGUUUUGCAGGAGAACUCAGUCCUGCUGUUUUGUCAUCAGGGCUCCAUUAAACAGACUUUGAGUCAGGGAGAGAUCAGCCUCAGACGAAUUAUUCCACUUCUUUGGUUUUUAUGCGCUUAUUUAAACCAUACAGAGGGAUAAAGAUGACAGAUAAAAGGAUAAAUAUGCUCCUUUAAAACUCUUGAAAAUAUUAUAUAAUAUUUAAUCCUGUUAAAAUUAAUUCAAAUCAUAUAAAAACUGAACCUCAUGCUGUAGUUUGUUAUUACCAGGCCUGACUAACUCGAUUACUCUGUGAUAUUUAACACUAAAUAAAGUUUUUUUUAAAGACUGUAAAAAUAGUUUUACUGUCUUUAAAGACAAAUUUACAAUCAGACAUAUAUAUUUAUACAGCACAAUAAAACAACCGCUCUCCAUUUGUUACGUAAACCAGCAAUGGCUCAUUACAUUGUUCCCAUGCUUAAGGGCACGCUAUGGGCGAUCUAGGUUUUCCACUUGUAAACAAUGGCAUGUCAUUCUCAGCCAUGUGCCCCAGAGGAGCCCUAAAGUACUCAUGUGACUCUGUGAUUUCUGUCUCAGUAUUAGGACUACGAGGUGGCAGGAACCUUGAUCGCUUACAGAGGACUUAUUAUCAGGGGGGCAUUCUUGCGGGUGAGGAUGAAGAUAGCUUUGUUUUGUAGUGUGCUGUACUUGUUUUUGUUUGUCCGAUGCCUGUCAGUGCUUUUGUGGUCGGGUCGGGUUGGGGGGGGGGGCAAACUUCAGGGCAAAAACACACAAAAAUCCAGACCCUGUGAGAGCAGGUAUGACACAGCACUGAGAUGUAUCUGGGGCUGAGAUGAGUGACAGUCUGUGUGUGUGUACCUGUUUGUGGAUUGUGUCUGGCAUGAGGGCGUUUAAGCCGUUUUACCCACCAGUGUUUGGGAAAGCACACAAAAGCAAACCCUGGUGUGCAGAGCUGCACACACACACACACACACUCUUCCCUUUGAUUAACUAGAAGAAAACCCAGAUUCAUUUUUGCACAGAAAGGAUUUCGAUCAUUAGAGCUUACAUGCACAGAAAAAAGUGCAUUUAACAUUUCUUAAAUUAUAGUUUCUUUGUGUUUCUUUACUCUUCAGCUCACCCGUUUUUCCUCUCCUCACCCUCCAGGUCCUGUCACUCUACCGAAAGGCAACACGCUAGGUCUUCCUUUCCAGAAAGAGUCCCUGCUAGGCAUGGUAUCGAACCCAACAGAGGUGUUCUGCUCGGUGCCGGGCCGUCUCUCCUUGCUGAGCUCCACAUCCAAGUACAAGGUUACUGUAGCCGAAGUCCAAAGACGCCUGUCGCCCCCUGAGUGCCUGAAUGCAUCACUGCUGGGAGGAGUUUUACGCAGGUAAGGGCAUCCUAGUCUUUAAGUCUUUAACUUAAAGAAAAUGUCUUUGUUUUAAUCUUCUUUUAGCGAUAUCACUUUUUGAAAUGUCUCUGAAACAACCUCAAAUGCGCUAAUCUGGUACCGCAUUUUAUCAUUCACUUACAAAAUACUAAAGUUCUUCUUCUCCAAAAUAUAAUCUGACAUGGUGAUGAUAUAGAGCUAGUUACAGCUGCUGUUAUACAUUAACUUUCUUUGUUUUAAGAUGCAGAAGCAAUGUGGGAAAAGUUAAACAAAACUAAGCAACCGACAGAAUUUAGAGCUUUAUUUUUUGAACAUAAAAUAAGCAAAUUAAGUUGAAAAAAACUGAAAAUGAAGCAUGAUAUGGAGUCAAAGAAAAACAGUGUUUCUAUGACGCUCCAUACCGGUGCAAACAUAGAUUCUGCUAGCAUUAGCUCAGCUCAGCUUCUUUUUGUCGUAAUUUUCCUUCAAUUUACUGAGAUCUGCUUCCUUUAGUAGAUUUUAACGCUCUAUUCUCUGAGUAAGAAUAAGCUUAUGUUUAAAUCUCGUUGUUAAACUUGGCGUCAGGGAGGACAGAGCAGCGUUUAACUAUCCGUGUUGGUUGUGAAUACUUAAAACAAAGACUCCCGGCGCUGUCGACCAAAGCUCAGAGACUCAUGGGUAAAGCUUUUCCGAAAGCACAGCUUGUCUCAGUUACUGUAGCUCAUCAGUUUUUUGCGUAAGGUUCGUGACAUUCUUUGUGUGGUCUGCAAUUUUGGUUGUGCGCUUCCUCUGGGGAUAGGUUACAUCAACACACUUAGGACCAAUCUAAAGACUCCGUGGGUGUGUUUUUGUGCGUCUGCCAGGGGUUGCAGCAUGGGUACGUUUAUUCGAGGCAGAGCGGUUGACCUUAUGGCACAUGUGUUAGUGUGGCAGUCUGCUGAGGGACUGUGGGGUUACUGUACGUACCCAACACCCCCUGACCGGAGCGAUUUGUGCUUGGAGCCGCACGUUUGCCACUUCCCAUGUGCCCGUGUUAAUGCUGACAUGCACACGCACAUAAACACAAUCACAGACAUUUUUAAGUAGGUCAUAUAGCAAUAGGAGGGGGAUCGUUAGCAGAGGGACAGAGGGGGGGAGGAGGAGGUAGAGGGGGUGGAGGAGGAGGGGGUGAGGACACUCGUACACACAUGCAUCCCUGAAGAUGAACCCGCCGUGGAGGGGCAGAGCUCGCCACUCAGUCAGGCAGAAGAAAUAAAUCGGCCUCGGCGAGUGGGGAGUUUGAGUGUUCCUGCAAACGUGUGUGUUUGUGUGUGUGAGGGAUUUUUCUGCAGGAGCAUCAACUGUGUUCGAGUUUUAAUGAAGUCAACUUAAAUUUGAGUUGUAGUGUGAGUUUAUUUGCUUAUAAAGUGGCCUCUCCUCUCUCCUCUGUGAUCUUUUUUCAACCGAAACAGUUAAAUUCAAUGUAAAAGUGCGAAAUUUACAUCUAAAUACUUAAAUAAAGAAUUGUGGUGUAAGAUAAAUUUGUAAAAAAGAACAAAUAAUGCGCACAAACAUGAUUCAAACUGCAUGUUCUGUCUGGAUCUUCAACCAUCACAGUAAAGGAGCUCAGAGAAAGUGUUAGUGUCUGUCUCUCAGGCCUUAAUGGAGAGGAAAAUCCGGUUUGCAUGCAGAGAAAUCAGUGCCAUAUCAUCUCUUCACCCUCUACUCUCCUGACAACUUCUGAGAACUUUCCAUCUUGCAUUAUCUCUGAGUGACUCUCCCGUUCUCUUCGUUGUUCUCCUGCAGAGCCAAGUCGAAAAACGGAGGUCGUUCUCUGAGAGAAAAGCUGGAUAAGAUCGGGCUCAACCUGCCUGCCGGAAGAAGGAAGGCGGCCAACGUAACUCUACUUACCUCACUCGUAGAAGGUAUGGCAUGUCACUCAGCGGUGCUUAGCGAAGCACCUUCUCAGGUGUAAUUGCUGUUUGCAGCGACUGGAAUGUGGCUGUGAAUAUGUGAGAACGUCGAGCUCACUCACAGAGUAUGUGCGUAUGUUUGAAGUGGAACAGUCAUUUGUCCAAACACCAGUCAUUGUUGAAACGCCCCAUUAUAUGAAGACAAUGAGAGUGCAGCCAGUUUUCUUUUUUUAACGAGGAACUUGUUUUAUUCAGUCAGCGAACUUUAGUUGUUGACUCCGUUCCACAUCUCCUUCCACCAUGUUUCUGAUCAAAUCUUCUUCCAUGUCGCUCCUUUGCGGCGUGGUGGCGGAUCUCUCGUUACUUUAUUUCCAGGAGUGGUUUCGUCAUGCUGACACACUCUACACCUUCACCUUGUCAUCACUAAACAAACAUAAUCAUACCUUACCCAGGCUGCAGCACUUCUCUAUGAAUAGUUAUCGCUUUAAUCGCAUCCACCUGCUGCAGGCGAAGGAGGAAAAUCCCCCCCUCCUCUCUCUCUCGCUCCCCACAUGCUAAAUUUUUAUAAAUGGGCUGAUGGUUUUGUGCAGGACUAUGACUGUAGGCCCGUGUUAUUUAGAGACCUUCAAAGCUGAAUUAAGCCUUGUUAUCUCGUGUUCGGCUCGCCAGGAGGGUCUGCUGACCUUAAAGCUUGUGCUUCUGAAUAGCCGCCCGUUGUCCUCAAGUGAUGCGCGCUUUCAUCAAUAAGUGGUGCUGUUACGGCCGCGGGGCUCUCUCUGCGAGAUUUAUUUCACUAAGCCCAUUAUGACCAUGCAAGUCAAACCACCCUCAAGACGGGAAAUAUAUUCAUCUUAGUCGCUCUGGUGUCCCCGAGCUAGAAGACUGUGUGUGGAUGAUUAUUCUGGAGUUCAGCUGCUUCACUUCAUGUGCUCUGACACUCAUGUGUAUCAGGUUCAAAACGGGGCUGCUAGUAUAAUGCUCUGAAUUGAUAAAAAGCUGAGACCGGCCAGAUAAACCAUUUGAUCUUCACUAAGUGUGUCAGAGCAGAUGCAGCCAUAACUUCUGAAUUAAUAACUCUCCCAUAGAGAUAAACGCUUGUGUUUGAUUUUAGGGGUAAAAUGACCUUUUCUCUCCUUUUUUUUUUAGGUGAAGCUGUACAUUUAGCGAGAGACUUUGGUUACGUGUGCGAGACAGAAUUCCCUGCAAAGGCAAUCGCCGAAUACCUGGGCAGGCCGCACGUGGAACGCAACGAAGUCAACUCUCGCAAGAACAUGCUCCUCGCUGCCAAGUAAGUGUCAGGCCUGGAUGAAUGCCUUUGAGUUGUGGAGAAAUAGACCUGUAGCUAAAUGGGAUAUACCAAGUUGGCACGUCUGGAUUCUCACUGAUGUGGGCGUUGAAUUUGGACUGACUAUCUGAGGAUUUCGCAGAUUGAAUCCCCCCUGCAGGUUUCACUAAAUCUUUCUGGUUUUCUGAUUUUUUUUUUAGGCAAAUCUGCAAAGAGUUCACCGACCUCCUCACUCAGGACCGCUCACCUCUGGGAAACUCUCGGCCGGCCCCCAUCAUGGAGCCCGGGAUCCAAGGCUGCCUCACCCACUUCAGCCUCAUCACUCACGGCUUCGGCUCUCCGGCCAUCUGCGCCGCCAUGACCUCACUGCAGAACUACCUGAACGAGGCGCUCAAACAAGUGGACAAGAUGUACCUGAGCUCUGGGAGCGACACCCAGGGGUCCUCAGACAGUGGGAGCAAAUCUACCGACAAAAUGGACAAGCACAGGAAAUGAGAAAGGAGGAUCCUUAUGAACUUGAGAGCCCCCCCUUGAGCCCCUCGAUCUUGCCGCCCUGUCUGCCCUUUUUUUGGACAUUUUUUUGAAAUCGAUUGAUAAGUAUUGUCAUUUUUGCGAGCGUGUGUACGUGUGAAAUUCCAUCUUUUUCUUUUUUUUUGAGAUGUCAAUAAAUUCUGAGAACUUGUCACAGUUUGCUGCAACUCCAGCCGAUGGUGAAGGCCCGGGUCCUGGUCCGAAUGGGAGCCCACCACCUUUUUUUUUUUUUACUAUAUGGUACGACAAACACGAAGCGGUUCAACACAGUUGCCAAUGUGCUGAAGCUACAACCAUGGGACCUGCUCUUUGUUGACAGGAGGAGCAAAAAGAACAAAGUGCAUACUGUUUCUGUCUCCCCAGAGGACAUCAUUUCAAGAUGAGUUGCUGUGGCUGUGAAUUCCUCCCAGCUUCCUUCCCCCCCUCCUGCUCUGUCUGGAGGCAAAUCCGCUGAUUUCCUGUGUCUCAAUGGACUUGCAAAGGACAAUUUUUAUAUGAGAAAGCGAGAGAAGAAAAUCCACUUGGUUUUUUUUUUUUCCCCUGUUUUGUGCUCGAUUUGUACAACCACUUCAAAAUGGCUCCAGUGUUAUUGUGCUUUGUUCACGAGAGAUGAUUUGAAUCUUAUGUAGGCCUGAAUGAGAAAAAGACGAGUUUUGGUUUGUCGGUCUGUGUUCGGUCAGAAACCAUAGACUUUAAAGCCUCUUCAGUGUUCAUGUGGAUACCAGGCAUAGCAAUGCUUCCAUUGUUACUCUUUCUACUUUUGUGACCACUUUAGGUAUCCCUCAUUCUUAGUAUUUAAAAGAAACCUGAGUUACUAUCAACCUCCCACCCACUUCAGUCCUGCCUGAGUGUACGCAUGUUGUGAGAGUGAGUGUAAAUGUACAUAUUCUUUCUUUGAAAUGUUUUUAAUUAGACAUUAAAUUCCAAACAUAGAAUUUUAUCCAGCGUCUCGUCCUGGAUGUAAAUAUUUUCUAAUUUAUGUUGUAAUUUAAUGGGCUUGUGUAAAUAAUGGUUUCCCUCUGGUGUACGGUUUCACUUUUUAUGAUGACGUGUUUGACUUUUAUAAAUGGGUUAGUUUUUUAUCGAGUAGAGGUUAGGAAGUGGGCAU